AUGGUUAAUGGAAUUUUGGCACGCAGGGACUCAACCCCCAGUUCAAAUGACAGCGUCUUCACCUCGACAGCAUCGCUGGGCUGCUUGAACGAGCGGAGCGUCGACGCAGCAAGAGCAAGGAACUUGAAAAGCGAGCUGCAUGUUUCGCACUCAAGGGGAUCGUCCUUCAAGUCGCGCGCCAGCCGCAGCCGCCAAAUCCAAAACGCGAGUUCGAACUUGGACAGCUGCGAGAGCUCAUCCGACGAGCCCGAGCCCUUCCGCUCGCUGCAGCAGAUUCCCCAGUCGACCGAGGUCGCCGAUUUGCCCGGCUUCCAGCCUGAUUUGUCCGACAAGGAGGGUGUUCCUCCCUCCUCGCGCUUUUCCUCGCCGACUUUGAAGCGCAAUCGAUCGUUGACAACUGGCAGCCAGAUACUCCGAAAGAGACUGCAGCGAAGUUGCAAUCUGAACAGCAACAGCGAUACGCGCCGAUCAUCGGUCGAGCUCUCUUCCCAGCAAAACCACUCGAGAGCAGGGAACAGAGGCGAUGGCUACAGCUGCUACAGCUGCCACGCGGGCGAUCUAUCCAGGAGCGAGUCGAUGCGCAUCGCAGCCACGACCAAGAGUGGAUACCCCCUUUGCAGGGUCUUCCGCGAGGCCGAACUCGAAAAGGGAGAGACCCUUGGGACUGGCUUCUUUGCUACUGCAGUCAAGGUGACUCAUCGGGACACGAACGAAGUGAUGGUUGUAAAACAACUGCACAGCGACUCGACGAUCGACCAAGAAGCGUAUGCCAACUUUUUGAAGGAAGUAAAGGUGCUGCGAAGCGUGCAACACCACAACGUACUCCGCUUCAUUGGCGUCCUCUACCGCGACGGGGAGUUGAAUCUCGUCACCGAAUACAUCGAAUGCGGCACGCUCAAAAAACUAAUCAACAAAGUGACUCCCGAAGAGUUCACUUGGCCAAAAAGAAUCGGAAUCGCGAGGGACAUUUCUGCAGGUCUUGCUUAUCUUCACAAAAGAAACAUCACCCACAGAGAUCUCAAUUCCAACAACUGUCUUUUGAAAAAGAACGGUUCCGUCGUCGUUGCCGACUUCGGCCUGGCACACUGGACAAAGUCGCGUCCGUCUUCCUCGAUGAAGCGGCAGCUGCGCUCGUGCGUCGGAAGCCCAUUUUGGAUGGCACCCGAGAUGCUCAACGGGCGCGAUUAUGAUAACAAAAUUGAUAUUUUCUCUCUCGGGAUUAUCCUCUGUGAAAUAAUCGGACGCGUCGAUCCCGAUCCAGACUUUUUCCCGCGCACAAGUUCCUUUGGAGUCGACAUUGCCCAGUUCUACACGAAAUUUGCACUGAAAGAAAUGUGCCCAAACUACUUCUUCGCCAUUGCCGGAUCGUGCUGCGAAGAAGUUCCAUCAAAACGGCCGACUUCUCAAGAACUGCACUCUUGGCACGAGUUGCUUAUCCGCCGCGAUUCCCUUCCAAAGCUUCCUCUGCCACCCUCGGUCAUCGCGGUCCGCGACCGUAUUUUCGCCAAAUACAACUUGACCGAGCUUCCAAUCAAGGAGGAGCUCUCCACCAGCGGCUUCGAGUCCUCCUCCGCCGCCGAGGACGUGUUCUUUAGUUCCUAA